AUUUUUUUAAAAUGCAAGACUAAUUUGAUUUAUCUCCAAAUUUAUCACAACAAAUGAAUCGGUAUUCAUACUAAAAUUAUAACCUAAAGAAUUUAAUUUGAGAUUAAAAAAAAAUAACUAAGCCAAUAAGAGUAAUUAGAUGCGAAUAGCAAAAAAAUUGAAGAAUUAGAAAAAAUAGUUUUUUAGUAAUUAUAUAAUUUAAUAAACAUGUAGAUUAUAAAAUGAAAAUGAAAAAAAAUAAAAGGAAAUUGAUGAUUUAGUUAAUGUAUAAAAGAAGUAACUACAAUAAUUAAAAUUAGGUUUGCGAAAGAUAUAUUAUAAUUAUGGAAAUCAAUAAAUGCCGUAGGAAAAACAAAAAGUUUUGAUUCCUAAAUGAAUUCAUAACUCUUAUUCAAAUCUGAUUCAUACACAUUAAUGUAAUUUCUGAUAACAAAAAUUAGUUAGAAAGAGUUAGAAAGUUAAGCUAAAUAAGCAAUUCAAAAAGAGAUAUCAGAUAGAUUCUCAUAAAUAUAGGAUAGUUUAAUAAAAAGGUCGGAAUUUGAAAACUCUAUCAGAAAAAUUCAAGAGUAAAUUGAAAAAUUCAAGCUUUAAUUGUAACUACUAUAUUGAUUCCUAGAAUUCCAGAGCCAGAAAACUACAUAAAAAAAAGAAAUUCUUUAUAAGAAAAUUAUAACAUGUAAUUUAACUUUUAAAUGAAUUAAAAUGAUCUAAAAAUUUAAACUUUGCAAAAGUAACAAAAAAUUAAUUAUAUUUAAGCUAAUCUGACAGAAAUGAACAAAUUUUUAUUUUAGAUACCUAUAUAGAAUAGAAAUAAAUUUGA